UUGGAUUUGCAAGUGCUCUGAGUCACAAUCGCCAUUUAAAAGGCUUUGCCAUUAACUACACAAUCCAUCACAUUGAGCCUCGCUGGACUCUUAGUGUUCGUGCAGCCCACACUCUGUCAGAUGCUGCUCUGCUGCUGCGUCCUGCUGGCGCUCACGGCGGGUCCGUGUUCGACAGCACCCACCCUGAACCCGGACGCGGUCUCUCCUGCACCGGCACCGGUCCACCUGCAGCUGGCCACAAAAUACCUCCAGCAGUUCUACCAGCUGCAGGAAGAGCCUUCGGGGCGCACAAAGCGGAGCGGACCGUCCUUCGCCUCAAAGGUAAAGGACAUGCAGCUCUUCUUCGGGCUCAAUGCAACCGGCGCGUUGGACCCAGAGACCCUGGAGGUGAUGACGCGGCCGCGCUGCGGCGUUGCGGACGUGGAGGAGUACAGCCACGUGCAGGGGACGCGGUGGCACAAGAGCGUCAUCAGCUACAGCAUCGGCAGCUACACCAGGGAUUUGCCUCGUGACACCGUGGCCUCUGUGAUCGAGUCGGCGUUGAGCGUUUGGGCCAGAGCCAGCGGCCUGACGUUCGUUAGGUCGCAGACACGCAACGCCGACAUCAUGGUGGAGUUUGUGACCAACAGCCACGGUGACAUGUACCCGUUCGACGGACCCAGGGGCACGCUGGCCCACGCCUUCGGACCGGGCUCGGGGGUGGGAGGGGACACGCACUUUGACGACGACGAGCAGUGGACAGCGGGAGAUAAAGGUUUCAAUCUGCUACUUGUAGCAGCACAUGAAUUUGGCCACGCGUUGGGCCUGAAGCACUCCACGAACCCUCAGUCGCUCAUGUAUCCGACCUACAAAUCCACACGUUCAGCCAACCUGCUGUCGAGAGAAGACGUGGCCAAUAUCAACGCUCUAUACAAUCCAGCCAGAGGUCGUCCCAGUUACUUUGUGAGGUACGGCUGGAGCCCCUGGCUGUCGGGGCCCCUGUUCCCACAGCGUAUGCACAACAGAUGCGCUGCAGACCUGAGCUUUGAUGCAAUGUCCACUCUGGGAGACGCCACCUUCUUUUUCAGAGACAAAUAUCUUUGGAUAAAACACAAUGAGCAACACGACAUUAAAGAAGGUCCCAUCAUCAACUUCAUGCCUAAGAUUAAAAGCAGCAUCGAUGCAGCCUUCUGGGUCCCUCGGCGAUCCACAGCUUACCUCAUUCAUGGAUCCAUCUUCUGGACCGUCAGAGGCUCUCUCAUGAGGGGGAAGCCCAGGCCGCUCAGCCAUUUUGGAUUCCCUGCGUGGGUGCAGGACGUUGACGCUGCCGUGCACAUGGUGAAAACAGGACGCACCCUGUUCUUCAUACGUGACAUUUACUGGAGCUUCAAUGAAAACCGGAGGGUUAUGGAUUUCGGUUACCCAAAGUACAUCAGCGAGGACUUUCCAGGAGUCAACACAACUAUAAACGCAGCCUUUCAUAAAGACGGUUUCAUCUACUUCUUUGUCGGACCACAAGUCUACAAAUACGACUACUCCCAAAAACAUGUUGUUGGAGUUGAGACAGCGAAUUCCUGGCUUGGAUGUUGAAAUUCUGUAAAUCCAUGAAAACGCAACAGUUACCUGGGAAACUGCAGGACCAGUGUAACGCGGCCUCUGUCACUGAGUUUUAUGGAUCAGUUAUCAUAUUUUUGCCAGAAUACAGUAUCUGAAACUGAUGUUUUGUGUGUGGUUUUUAAAUGUACAUACUCCUACAUCAUACACACAUACUGUAGCAUGUACAAUAUUCAAAGUCCAGAUGUAGCAUCUAAACGUUUCAUUCGAGGAUUUAUCUAUCUGAUACAUAUAUAAUUAUAGGAAAAUAUUUAGGCUUACAU